CGAAGGCGACGGCGGUCGUCUGUAUUUCGGCUCUAAUCUCUCCAGAAAAAAAGGCGAAAUAACUCCAAGCAGUCGGUGAAUUUUGACACACUUUCACGUCUUUUCCCCAAAAUUCCUCUCGGUCGAGCUGGUGGCGGGGCUCUUGGUUAUGACGGGGUGUGCCAAGAAUUUGAAGUAGCUCGCCGUUAUAGUUUGAAGAAAGAGUGAGUCGGUAAAAGAGAGAGAGAGGAGCCAUUUUGUCCCGACUGUGUGGGAGAAAAGAAAGAGUGGAAAAGAGGAAUCACACGGGGAGGAGAGCCUUAUUUUUUUUUGCUUUCUGUUCUCAUGCUGUAAACAGGGGGAAACCAGUCGGGCUUUGGGAUACAUAACUUGACGGUGUUUCGGGCGCGUUAUUUUGGGGUGGUAUUUAUCCGACUAGCUCGCCAAGCUAAUCAACAAAUCCCAGAUUGUUAACUGUUAACAGCCAAGAAAAAGCGGGGUGGUCGGUCCGGUUGGCUAAGGAGCUGGCUUUAGACUUCACAAAGGCGUUGCUAGGUUAUCCAUUUUUUGUGUAUCUGUCUGGGUGAAUACAAGCUGUUUUUUCAAUGGCGAAGAAGACGUACGACUUGCUGUUCAAGCUGCUUCUGAUCGGAGACUCGGGCGUGGGGAAGACCUGUGUGCUGUUCCGCUUCUCUGACGACGCCUUCAACACAACCUUCAUCUCCACCAUAGGAAUAGACUUCAAGAUCAAAACUGUUGAAUUACAAGGAAAGAAGAUCAAACUACAGAUCUGGGACACAGCGGGCCAGGAACGGUUCCACACCAUCACCACCUCCUACUACAGAGGAGCUAUGGGCAUCAUGCUGGUCUACGACAUCACCAACGCCAAGAGCUUUGAAAACAUCAGCAAAUGGCUGCGCAACAUUGAUGAGCAUGCAAACGAGGAUGUUGAGAGGAUGCUGCUAGGCAACAAGUGUGACAUGGAGGACAAGAGGGUCGUACCAAAAGCCAAGGGGGAGCAGAUUGCGAGGGAGCACGGCAUUAGGUUUUUUGAGACGAGUGCUAAGGCUAACAUCAACAUCGAGAAGGCUUUCCUCACGUUAGCAGAAGACAUCCUCAGAAAGACGCCUGUAAAAGAGCCCAACAGUGAAAAUGUCGACAUCAGCAGCGGAGGCGGAGUCACAGGCUGGAAGAGCAAGUGCUGCAGUUGAACAACUCCUCUGUUUCACUCACACUAACGCACACAAACACAAAACACACAUAUUCUCUCUCUAACUGCUCUAACUCUAACUCUCUCGCCCUCUAACCUGUCUCAUGAGUUUUUCUUGCACACUGACACUCUGUCUCUUUAUCAGAAUAAAAACAAUAAACCACUUCACUCGUCUAAUUCCCCCCAUCCCUCCCCACCCCACCCACCUCGACCCACACCAUUCCCCCCUCCCUCCCUCCCACCCCAUAUUCUUCCACUCUCCAUCUGAUGAUCAUUUUUAUUUCUGAUAAAAACAGAAAUCCAGUCACGUUUCUUGUCAUUUGUUUUAAAAGGUUGUUAAAAAAAAGAAAAAGAAAAAAAGAGUGAAAAGACAAGCUCAUAUUUUUAAUAUUUUCUUUGCCUGAGCUCACCUGGUUGGACACCUUCACCCCCUCUCCCUCCCUCCUCAACUAUCCCUCAACCCCAACCCCAACCCCCUUCCACCCACAGCACUCAUCUUCAGUCGAGGAAGUCUAAAAAAUAAAAGAAAAUCAGACAAAAAAGAGAAAAUGUAGGAUUAACAUUUUGUACACAUAGUGGGGUUUUCUGUUGUCUAACCGUAUUUGGUCAUUUACAAUUUGUUAUCAAGUGACAGAGGCGUGGCUAGCUCCUUUUGUAUGUGGGGGUUUAUUUUGUCCUGUGCCUUAUAUGGAAGACAGGGGCGGGGCUGUGUGAUGGGCGGAGCCACAUCCACCCAAUCAAAUUACAGUUUAAUAUUCUGUCAGCGGCGGCUCUCUCUCUCUCUCUCUCUCUCUCUUUCGGAGCCGAGCCGAAGCAGAAGCGUUUGAAUUUCUUCUCCAGCCAAGAGAACGGCAUUAUAUGUCCUGUUUAUUGAUGUUUUUGUUUUUAUCUGUAUAUGAUUUUGUUUUUCUUUUUUUUUUUCCCCCUCUAUUUUUGGGUUGAUUUUUUUUUUUUUUUUUUUUUUUUCUCCUUGCAUGCAGAUUUCUUUGGGUUGGAAGCGUUUCUGUAACGUUGUGUAACGUUUGCCACUGGGUAACUGUGGGCGGGAGGUACAGAAGUUCUCUUUGGAAAUUCAAACAAUUUUGCAGAUCCAUUAAAAAUAAGCUUGUUUAAGUUAACUUGUUUGUCCUCAA